AUGGGUGGGAUAGGAAAAACUGCUUUGGCUAAAUUGGUUUAUAAUGAUGACAGAGUGCAGCAAAAGUUUCAUGUCAAGGCAUGGGUUUCUGUUGGGGAGGAAUUUGAUGUUCUUAUGGUGACAAAAGCUGUGAUAGAGAAAACUUGCAGUCCUUGUUACUCAAAUGAUUUAGAUACAACUCAAAAUCAUUUGAAGAAUGCGCUAGCCAGGAAGAAUUUUUUGGUUGUUCUGGAUGAUGUAUGGAGCAGUAAUCGUGAGGCUUGGGAAAGUUUUCUAUCUCCUUUUGAAUGUGGAAGUGAGGAUGGCAAGAUUCUUGUAACAACCCGUCUUGAUACAGUAGCUUUUAUGGUGAAAACUAAAUAUAACAAAGCUUACAGUUUGAGUUUGUUGGAUGAUGAACAAUGUUGGUCAGUGUUUGCAAGUCGUGCAUGGGAUCUUGCUGAAUCCCGAGGUCAUUCAGCUUUAGAAAAAAUUGGUAGAAAAAUUAUAGAAAAAUGUAAAGGAUUACCUUUGGCAGCUCAAACACUUGGAGGGUUAUUAAGAGGGAAAGAUAAUGAAAAGGACUGGAAUGAUGUUUUGAAUAAGAUGAACUGA